GUUCCACUAUGGCUUUGACCCCUACGACACUCUGCAACGACUCACGCGACAGUACGAUGCGGCGCCGUCGCGAAAGCUCCGCGACAGCCCCAGAUGCGGCUGCAAGUGCGAAGCGACGAAAAGUUCAACGCGCGUGCGACAACUGCAAAUCCCGCAAGAGAAAAUGCUCAGGAGAGCAACCCUGCCCACUCUGUGUUUCGCAAGGAUUGAUCUGUACCUUCGUGUCCCCUCAUGGCAGACAACAAGAAUUACCUCAUUCCAGCAACUUUCUUCUUGGUGCCUCAUAUCCCUGCCUUGAUCCAAGUGCGCAAUCUCAAUGGUCAGCUGAGAGUGUGUCGGCACGAAGACCUCUAGCUGGGUACGCGCCCAACACCAAUGAGACCUCUCGAGCUGCCUCGCCAAAUGGAGAGGGGAUCACGCCUGCUGGCUAUCAAGGACCGACUAGUACUUUCUCAUUCCUAAGGAAAGCUUGGCGUCGAUUCGGUAUGACAGAGCCCCCAGAUUCGAAUCAUGACUCCAGGGAGGAAAUCUCGAUAUUCGCCUAUGGCGACAGGAGAUCUCCAGCUCUGGAUUUACCGCCGAGAUCUCGACUUCCCGACCGCGGUGUGACAACUCCCUUGGUCUCGAGAUAUUUCGACUUCGCUGCUCCCACGUACCGCUUCUUGCAUCGUCCUACACUCGAGUCAUGGCUCUCUGAAUUCCAUCAGCAACAAGGAUCGGACCAGGAGGGGACAGCCGCGGUCAUUCAAGGGGAGGCGCUACGCCCUGUUCGUCAAGCGAUAGUUCUCAUGGUUCUCGCGACUGCGUGUCUGUAUAAUGUCGAGAGCGGGGAUGAGACAGGCUCCCGCAGCCCGACCAACGACUUUGGAAGGGUUGAUGGCAAUCACAGUCAUUUACAAUUGGGCGAAGCGCUUUACGAAGCAGCGCAGCAGAGCAUAGGAGGUGAGACUGGCCGGCCACGUUUGGAGUCUGUUCAGGCACGAUUGGCGACAUCUCUUUAUCAACUCAACACUUCGCGAUUGAAUCAAGCAUGGCACACCCUGGGAAGCACUUAUCAGCUUGCUCUUUCCAUAGGUAUCCAUCGUGCAAAGGCUCCAGGCGCGGCGGGAAUGACUAGGAUCCUUCGAGAAUGCCAGAGGCGCUGUUUUUGGGCAGUCCAUAUGCUCGAUACGUACCUCAGCGUCAUGUUAGGACGACCGCCAUACAUCAACGACGCAUAUGUCGAUCAACGUCUCCCGGAGAUAGUCGACGAUAAUGAUAUUCUCUUGACUGAAGUCACAGUCCGUUCUAUUCCCAAGGACUGCGUACAGGCAGCUCCGGUGAUGCAUGCGAAGCUAACUCGCAUCGUCAAAGAGGCCCUCAAGGAGCAGGCUCUACUUCACCCUGCUCGAGAUCAGCACAUGAUUGCGACGGCACAACGUCUGGGAGUCGAGAUUGAGCAGUGGAGGAGUCAGCUACCCCUGUUCCUCUCAGGGGGCAUCCAUCCUUCGAGUCUGAUACCUAUCUUUCGCAGACAGCUCACAGUGUUGCAGAUAGGAUGUGCGCAUGCAGUCAUGAUAAUCACUAGACCCCUGCUUUCCGGGCAACUUACAGAGCCAGGCAUGAUGCAGCCACACAUUGAGAAAUGCUUAUCUGCUGCGAAGUUUGUUCUCGACCUUGUUCUGGACCUCGCUGUAGACAACAACCUGAUACCGGCGUUCUGGAAUACUCAGUACGUCACAUUCAACGCUCUGACAAUCGUUUACGUUUGGAUCAUGCAGCGCAAACAAGGCCGGCUCUCUGUUAUUGCCACUCAACACGACGAGAUGCAGCUGUUCGAGCUGGCAAAGUCGGUUCAAGCUCAUCUGGCUAGAGCAACGAACACCAAUGCGCCCAGUCUCCGGUACAGUAUCAUUCUUGAAGAAUUGCAGCAAGAGCUAUCCUACAGUGUCUCGCUAGAGACUCGACCAUGGGAGGAGCUGAACAUGAACUUUCCAAUGGAUCCCGAACUAUGGCUUCAACUCGAUACGUUGCUUUUCAGCACUGUGGAUUAG